AUGACGUCUCUACUGAAGUGCAUGGCCAAGGACUGGGCUACGGUGGAAACAAGCACCGGACGAGAAACAAUGAUAAACGCCGCGAAGAUGAGUAGAAAGACCACGAUAGGGUGUCUAAUGCUGUGUCAGCUCGUAUCUACCUCUUACGUGUUCCUACGAUUAUCUACCUUGAAACACAGCGACAACAAACUGGUCUAUCGUAGCUAUUUCCCUUAUAAUGUAAGCAUCAGCCCAAGCUACGAGCUGACGAUGAUUGGCCAAGGUAUGGCUGGUAUAUACGCAGCUUUGACAUACACAUCCGUGGACACGUUUAUCGUUAUGCUGGUCUUGCACGCUUGUGGGCAGCUGUCAAAUAUGAAGGACGACUUGAGGAACAUUCAUUCGUGUGAUAGGAAGGAUUUGCAAGCGAGUUUGAAGAAAAUUGUUGAGAAGCACAUUUACAUUACUGUGUACGUAUUGAAGCUAAAUUGCGAACAGAAGUGUACAGAAUCUUUUGACAAAUCUCGAAAGAUGUCGAAAAUGUAUAAAAGAUACAAAAGGUUCGCAGAAACAGUAGAAAAUUGUUUCAACGUAAUGCUUCUGAUUCAAAUGCUCGGUUUCAUCAUUCAAGUAUGCUUCCAGUCUUUUCAUACGAUCACGUCAUUUGGGGACAAAUCAGAGCGAUUCAUGAUAUUCCAAGUAAUAUUUCUCGUUACCUAUACAGUAUGUUUGAUGGUGCAAUUAUAUCUAUAUUGUUACGUGGGUGAAAAACUUAUGCUGGAGAGUAUGGAUGUAGCUAACACAGCGUACAGUUGCGAAUGGUACAGUCUACCUCCAAAAGACGCAAGACUACUUAUAAUUAUUAUGUGUCGAGCUAGAGCAUCACCGUUGAAACUUACAGCAGGCAAAUUUUGUUGGUUUACUGUGCUGUUAUAUUCCCAGGUCCUGAAAACCACGAUGUCGUACAUGUCUGUUUUACACGCAACGAAAAGUUAA